CGCCCGUCGACCCGUGCGUCAUACGGUCGCCUUCCGAUAUCUUUAUAACGUGCAGUGUAUAGUCCGGCGGUUGCUAUCAUCAUGAUCAACGUGGUGCAGAAAUGUUCAUAGUUGAAGUUAUCGAGUUGAUAGUAAAAGAAGAGUCAUUUAUAAAGACGGGCAUAAACUGUUCCAGAAAUUUUCAUCGAGUGUGAUUGCGAUAAUUUGUGUUCUCUUUUUGCAAAACUCUACAAAACUGCUGAUGAUCGGGACGAGUCUUCAUGAUUAACAGUGUUCUGCAUUAAUCUUUACAUCACAGUCGACGGAGUAACAUUCAGCAUGAGAGUUUUAGAAACUCCGAAGGAGUUUCAUAUUACAUUAUUGCCCUAGACAUAUUUAACUAGUUAUGACCGUUAAUUUUAUUUAUAAAUGUCGCUGUAAUACAUGGAAGAGCCAAACACUACAUUUCAAUAAUCAAAUACGAUUUUCCAUACGACACAGAUUUUAUAUUCCUAGAUAUCAUAAUUUUCGUAAAACUGUGUUAUAAUUAUAACAACCACUAGCGUUUCUGUAAAUCAAGAAACUCAAGGAAGAAUUAACAACAAUGAAGUGUAAUGUUAAUACGAGCUAAAUAUUUAUUAGAUUUAUUCGACGAUAUUGAAAAAAGAAAAAAUUGUGACCAAUGCCAAAGUACAUUGAUUUGUAUGCCAAAUGUGAGUACACAUCGAACGACUAUAGCAACUCCUAUUAUAAGGAAAUUAUCGCCAAUGAAAUGUAAAAGAAUUACAUUGACUGCCAUACCGAAUUGAAAGACUAAUAUUUAAUAGUGUGAUAAUAGAGCAACAAUAAUUUUUACAUAUUAUAUUUCAAUAUUGAGUAAAAAAAAAGUAGUCGAAUAGAAAAGAAGAAAAUAAUUGGAAUAAACAGAUAGUAAAAAUUAUUUAGUGUUAAAGUUUAUUAUAAAAUGUGCCAUAGCUGCAGUUGUAAUGCAAAACACAAUACCACGCAAAGUGAAAUAAAGCAAAGUAUUAUUACAAAUAAUAAAUCUAAUCUUAAAUUAGACGCUCACAACUAUUAUAAAACAAUCAUUAAUAAACAUAAGACGCCUUAACACUGAUUGACAUCUUUAAAUUAAUAUUGCAAAUUAAUUUAGCGCUGACAAUUCGAAUUAAACCACUCUGAAUUUUGUUACUCCAAUCCAGUGCACAGCGAUAAUUAAAUUUGCAAUUUACCUUCUGGAAAUUCUCGCAAUUUGGCAGAACACACAAACGUGGAACAUUACUUUUUAAUCUCGCAGCGCUUUAAACCGCACUGAGAAACAUCAACCAUUGUGUGCGCGAAAAAAGAAAGAUUAUGUUCCGCACGUAGUAUCGAACUGAGAUCGGUCCCGCUCGAUUUUGGACACCGGUCCAUCGAGUUCAAAGGAGUCAUGGACGUGAGCGUGGAGGAGACCGAGCUCGACGUCGGUUCGGCAAGCGACGAGUUGGAAUCGUCGGCCGCGGAACCGAAGCUCGCGCGACGUCCGACACCGCGACCCUUCACGAUCGAGAGUCUGAUCGGUAGCGCGCGAGAGAAUCAUGAUACCGGCAAUGGUGGCGUCGUACGGGACGACCGGACGAACGGCAGCGAAGAGGAAGAGCACCGGGACCGGGACCGGGAAUACGAGCUCUAUCAGAGACACUACCUGGCGACCGCAGCGGCGACCACGUUGCCCUCAGGUUUUGGCGUGCCACUCGGACUAUACAGCGCUUGGCUACCGAUGCGGAUGUAUGGUGGUAGCGGUGCAUCCGGUGUCCCGAUGCUGCCGCCGCAGCAUCCGUCCGCCGGCUACCCGGCUCACCCGGAAUUGCAUCAGAGCCGACUGUCGCAGCCCUCCAUACCGCCGUCCAAUCAUCCGCAGGGAUACUAUCCACUGGAUGGUUGCCGUCGUGUCACGAACCAGCGUGCGCCGAGCAGCUUCACCGACAGCGAAGACGAGGACGGCAGCGUUGGAUCGCCGGCGUCGCCGGCACACGAUCUUUCUAAAUCUCGACACGGAUCUGAGAACGGGCGUGCGUCAGCCGAGAGCGAUGAAGAGGGUGUCGGAGCUGCAGGUUCCGGCGAGGGCCACGACGUUUCCGAUGGUGUUGUCAGUGGCGUCGGCAAUGCCGCCCCAAGCCCUAGUAGAGCUUUAGAAAACGGACAGAGCUCGUCAGCAUCGGGUGCCGGUGGCAACAAAGCUCGCCGGCGACGUACCGCGUUCACCUCGGAACAGCUGCUCGAGCUGGAGCGCGAAUUCCACGCCAAGAAGUACCUGAGCUUAACAGAACGCUCGCACAUAGCGCACGCGUUGAAAUUGUCGGAGGUGCAGGUGAAGAUCUGGUUCCAGAACCGACGUGCCAAAUGGAAACGGGUGAAGGCCGGGUUGAGCGGUGGAGGCGUCGGCGUCGGUUCGGCAGCGGCAGCCAUGACGCCAUCCGGCGCCUCUGGCCGUCACAAUGGUGCCACGGGGCAGCACACUACCGGUACCAGAAUCGUGGUGCCGAUACCGGUGCACGUGAGUCGUUUGGCGGUCAGAUCGCAUCAUCAUCACCUGGAGAAGUGUGCGAGGGCGCCGCGCGGAAGACCGACGCCGUCUUCGGGCGAGGGUGGGUCCUCGGGAGCGUCGUCGUCGGUGUUGGGAGAUACCUUGGGACUAGUGAAUACGUCGGUGAAUCUGACGGGCCAGGUACAGCCGCCUUUGGGCGCCGGUAUGGGGAUGGAGAUCGGAGUCGGGGGUGGUCUAAGGGCCUUCGCGGUGCCGGCGCAUCGUGCCGGUCUCGGGUCCUCCGGAAGGUAGUGAAUGUCGUGGAUGAUGAACUUGGAUACCCGACGGUGGGAUACGAAAGGACAGAUAGAGGUAGAUCGAUAAUCGGUGUGAAACGCGCGCGUGAGAAAAUGAAGUCGAGUCCUCGUUAUAAAAUUGGGUAUAAUGUCGAUCAAAAAUUCAAAAACAACUAUGAUAAAUGUGAAAUGAAACGUUGGAAGAAGAUAAACACAAACUUUCCCUUUGUCUUAUAUAACUUUUAUCUAUUGCACUAUAUAUAUAUAUAUCGCUCGUUAAAAGAGAAUACUAAAUCGUUCUUUGUUGAAGUUAAAUCGUUGUGCACGAACAAAAAUAGCAGCUUUUUAAAUUUUUCUGAUCUUAUAAAUUUUUUUUCUAUUUUAGCUGUCUUUCUAAGACUUAUUGAUUUUCUUUCUGUUUAAUUCGCUCUUUCUUUCUCUCUUGUAUCGGUCAAGAUUUUUUAAAUAUAUCACUUCGGUGAACUCGUAUCUCGAGCGUUUGAUUCUUUUUCAAAAGGAGAGUUUCGACUUCGCAGCGCGCAUUGUAAAUAGCAAGUCUUGGAAGUUUGUAAAUAUACACGUACACGUAGAUAGUAACUUCGCAUAAACACCAUAAGCUUGUACUUGCUGUAGAUAGUUUACGUUAAGCAGUGGGUUUCAGCUCGGCGGGCAACUACGUGGCAGCGAUAUCGUGAUAUCGAUCGGCCGUGCGAUCAUUGCAGCUGCAUUGCACCGGCGAAACGUUACAAUGAGGCGGAAGCGCACAAAAUGUCGGACUAUAGACUUGCAUACGUUGUAAUAUCGUGUCGGCAAUAAAACGUGCGACUAUAAUCCGAAACUAUAUAUCGUUUGCCUCCUACACCUUAUGCUCACUCGGCACAACUAUGAUCAAGGAGGACGGCUCGUUAGGAAAGCGGCACUUACAUAGCUCCUUGUCCAAAAAUGUUUACACAGUAAGGAAAGUUUAUACAAAUUGUACUGUUGCAAUAAAAUCGUGAAAACACAA